GCUGCGUGUGAUGGAACAAAAGUUGCAGGAGCAGAGAGAGAGAUCAUUAUUCACUGAUGAAGUCACACAUUCAGUCGGCAUGCCAGAAAGUUAUAGAUCGGGUCAAGAAAAAGGAAAGGAAACUGCUCGAUCGGAUGGAAAAUAUUUCACAUAAACACAUCGGACAACUGAAAGCAGACAUAAAGUCAGGUGAGAUGUCAGUAAAAAUGUACCAACAACAAACGGAGCUGAUAGACCAGGCUCUACAAUCUAAGUGUGACAUGGAUGUGUAUGAGAUGUAUCAGGGAUGUGAGGCUGUCGGAGACGCUGACCUGAAGGAGAGAGGAAGAAUAGCCAGUGUCACAUUCAGACAGGACACAGACAAGCUGAGUAAAGCACUGGACGAUCUGCAGCUGGGUGAGAUAGAGGUCCUGUAUGUGAGUGUGCUGGACCUGAAGGAUACUCCUGUGUUACAAGACACCAUUGACAUCAUAGUAGCAGACGAAAGGAGUAAACUAAACCCCAUAGACGUGACAGUGCUGGUGGUGAAUGACAUAGACACCGUUGUAGUCACAGACUGGGAUAACACCAGUGUGAAGUCCUUCUACGUCAAGAACAAACAGACACAGCACAGUAAACUCAGUAUGGAUGGUCCUCCAUUGAGUCUGACCAAGUUGACACACAACCGGUUGGCUGUCACUGUCCCGAGCAGGAACAAGAUUGUAAUAGUUGAAGUGAACCCUGACCUGGUACUGCGGUCAACCAUCACUACCAGCAAACAGUAUGUGGGUAUAACGUCCCUGCCUCCUUCAACACCAGCAGUUGGUUCCCACUCCCCUCCCUGUGUUGAUAUCCUGGAUAUGACAGGAAACGUGCUGAGGUCUAUCAGUCCACUCCACAAAGGUAACAGGAUCUUACAGUAUCCCAACUUUAGUACCUCAGUACCACGAUGA